ACUACAGUAGACGUAUUAUAAUCAGCAUUGUUAUUUACAAAAACCUGGAUAUGUGGAACAAACAUAGGGUCAAGUAAUAUGUCUGCCAGAAUGCURUGCUGAAGUUAGUAGUGGAUGAUGCCAGUAAAAGCCAGAAUGGGCUUUAAGUUGACAAAGGCAUUGAGAAAAAUGUGUUAACAUUAAUUGUAAUGAAGGGAAAAUGUAAUGAUGUGACCACAAGCAACAUAGUGGAUUUGUCUGUAUAGCCUAUAAUAUUGUGUUAUCAGCAGCAGAGGACAAUACAAUCUUUGGUUACCGGUUUCCUCCUAUAGAUGGCGCCUGUUGAUCACCAGAGAUAGUCUACGGUAAUCUGUUGAUCAACGGUGUGUUCACUUUGCUGAGAGGGGGCCAUACAAUUAUAUGGGAGGAGGCAGGCCAGGCAGACAGGCGMUUUUUCACUGGGAGCUCCAAGAGCAAAUGUUUACGGUCAGCGGUUUCCUUUUGUGGGCACGACUUAUUUCGUUCGGAAGCGAGAGCAGAGCUUGCUACCUGAGCGGCGUAAACUACUACACCAAUCCGAUCCAGCCUACCUGAACGCAAGGGUGCGCUGGAUAGAAAAACACUGGGAGAAGACGCGCAUAAACGCAUUCCGUGAAGAUACCUUGUUCUCUGCCAUGUKGAUGCGAUGACGGCUGGCUCCAGAGACAAGAGGAAGUGGCUUUUGUGCUCCCCCUACAGAACCAGUCUUUAACACAGACAAACAACGGACACUUUUCGCCAGACGCUUUCUCCCAAGCAUUGAUUUUGCUCUCAUCCCUCUUUGGGUCAUCAUGGAACACCAAGGCCUACUCCCUAUAAUCGUGGUCAUUCUAGUGGUUAUGGGUACAUGUUUGGCCAGGCUUACCCCCCGGGUCUCGUUUCCUAUGGGUACACCCGGGAGGUCUCUUAGCCACUUCGACAGCUCGGACGUCGGCAACACCACCACACUGUUGCUAAGCGACGACGGAGACACGUUGUUUGUGGGAGCGCGGGAUGCAGUUCUAUCAUUGGAUGUCAGCCAGGAGGACGCCAUUGCGAUGAGGAGCAAGUUGGACUGGUCCCCCUCAGUGAUGGACCUGGACGAAUGCUCCAUGAAGGGCAAGAAAAAGGCGGACUGUCCCAACUUCAUCCGGGUGCUGCAGUUCUUGAACUCCACGCACAUCUACGCCUGUGGAACCUUCGCCUUCAGCCCACGCUGCACCUACAUCAACUCUGAGACGUUCUCCCUGGUAACGAGCCCCAGCGGAAAGCCAGAGGAGGGCAGAGGUCGCUGCCCCUAUGACCCCUACCAACGUAACUCGGCCAUCACCGUUGAUGGAGAGCUGUACACUGGAACAGUAGCGGACUACAUGGGAAACCGACCGGUCAUCUCCCGCCACCUCAGCGAGGGCAGCCAUGUUGAUCUGAAGCUGGAUGACACUUUGGGCUGGCUGGAGGAUCCCACUUUCAUCAGCUCCAACUUUGUCCCCAGUGAGGAGAAGAUCUAUUUCUUCUUCAGCAGUGGGCCGCGAGUACGACUUCAUCAACAAGUUCACUGUAUCUCGGAUCGCCCAAGUCUGCACGAGUGACAUUGGGGCCAGCGUACCCUGCAGCGACGCUGGACAACCUUUGCCAAAGCCCAGCUCCUGUGCCAGUCUGACAACGAGCUGCCCUAU